AACACCGCCCUGCACCCAGCGACAUUCUCCGAAUCCGCCCUCUCCUCCUCCCCCGACUACUUCUGCCAUCUACCUGCCCCAUUGCCCGCCUACAUCCUGUUGAACAUGUCGACCACCGCCACGUGGGCCGCGUGAAGCGUGCCGGGAACACUUUCGAAGCUUCCUAGUUAGCGCCAGCUGCCGCUACACGUCUUCACGCUCGCUUUCUCGCCCAUUGCCUCAUCUUCGUGAGGACAAAGCAGCGCGCGCACACCGCACAAAGCCACUCCGGCUCGCCGCCGCCCAUCCGACCCACAGCCAGCCGCCCUAUUGACCGUCGCCCGCCAUGCUCUUCGACACUCCCAAAUCCUUCCGAUUGCGCGAACUCGCCAGCGCUUCUCUUGUCGCCUUCAAGCAACGGCGCACAGUGACGGACCAAUCGAUGCCAGCGAGCUAUCCGAUAUGGGACGCUGCUGCCAACAUCACCAUGGACGCCAUCACAUCCACCGCCCAUGAGUCGCAUCCCAACUUCCUGCACUUGGCCGGCCUGGUGUCAGAAGCAGUGCUGGAAGUCGUAUUUGUCGCCCUACCCGGAUACCUGGUGGCAAUUACGGGCAUGUUCGAUGCCAACAGUCAGAAAUUCUUGGCCGAGCUGAACACCAUGGUCUUUACACCAUGCCUCAUCUUCACCAAACUGGCAAGUCAGCUAAAUGCCGAUAAGCUUGCGGACCUCGCCGUCAUUCCGUUCAUUUUCGUGGUACAGACAUUAGUGUCGUACAUAUCGGCACAGAUAAUGGCUCGCCUCUUUGGCUUUGGAAAGAAGGAUAAGAAGAUGCAGAAGAACUUUGUGCUGGCAAUGGGCGUCUUUGGCAAUUCCAACUCGUUGCCCAUAUCCCUGGUGCUCAGUCUGAGCAAGACUAUCAGCGGCUUACACUGGGAUCGGAUACCGGGUGACAAUGACAAUGAAGUGGGAGCAAGAGGCAUCCUGUAUCUGUUGAUUUUUCAACAAUUGGGCCAGCUUCUACGAUGGACAUGGGGAUACAGUGUGCUGCUCAAGCCAGCUCACGCAUACACUCCAUCUGAGCGAGGAGAUGACGAUGAAGAGAGAGAUCGAUUGAUUGAGGAUGGACCCUGGACCGACGAGCACGACAAUGUGAUCAAGGGGAUCGGAGGCAGCGAUUCUGGUUUCAACAGUGCUUCUGAGAGCACGCCCAGCUCAUCCUUGACAGCUUCGCGCGAAGACCUGCGACACGAAAUCGUACCUGCCGCGCCGGCAAAUGGCAACGACAUAAGCACCGAGCCCCGAAAACUGCCUCGCCGCAAUCGAGGUGAAGAUGCCGAUAGCAUUCGUUCCGUGUCGACCAACUCCAUCACCCAGUUUCCGCAAUUUUCGAGAACACAAUCUUCGCGUUCUGCAGCAGAUGAGUCUGGCGGAUGGAAGGCUCCGCUGUACCGUGUUCAGAACACCAUUGUACUCUACGCCAGGCGAUUUUGGGCCACAGUCGGAAGAUUCUUCACCAACCUCUUCCGCGCUCUUCCCACUCCAAUGCAGAAGGUCUUGAAGACGUUCCACUACUACAACAGCAAGUUCUGGGCCGGCGUAUGGAGGCAAAUGAAUCCUCCACUCUGGGCAAUGUUGGCUGCACUAAUUGUGGCCAGCAUUCCUAAGUUGCAGGAUCUCUUCUUCCACGACGGUACCUUGAUCCGCAAUUCUGUUACCCGUGCUAUUCAACAGAGCGGUAACGUGGCCGUUCCGUUGAUUCUGGUCGUCUUGGGCGCAAAUCUCGCUCGAUCGACCCUCCCACAGGACCAGCUGGCAAGCACACCCGAGGAGAAGAAAGAAGAACGGAAGCUGCUUUAUGCUUCGCUCCUGAGCAGAAUGGUCAUGCCAGUGAUCAUCAUGGCUCCCGUUUUGGCGUUGACAGCAAAAUUUGUGCCGGUGUCGAUUCUCGACGACCCGAUCUUCAUCAUUGUGUGCUUUUUGCUCACAGGUGCACCUUCAGCAUUGCAAUUGGCUCAAAUUUGCCAAUUGAACAAUGUCUUCAUGGGUGCGAUGUCAAGUCUGCUCGUGGCAAGCUACGUGGUCGUCAUCUUCCCAAGCACGCUUCUGCUUGUGCUCAUGGCGCUCGAGGUCUUGGAAUGGGCUGUUCUGAACAAUUGAUGGAGCUGAACUGUUUGAGUAUGCAUCAUUUAGGAUCCAAAGAGGCUGUGCAGAGGGAACCUGAUUACACCUACUUUUUGGCACAGGUACAAGCAUUUGCUGCGGCGUUUUGUUUGAUAAGCAACUGUGAAUGCGACGGCCGGAAAACAGAAAGGCGAUGAAGCAUACGACAGUGCUGUGCGCUGUAAGCACGAAGUUACGAAUCCUCUGUCUGACUACUGGCGUGGCGUUGAAGGAGUGGACUGUACUAUUGUAAGACAUAGAUCUUUCGGUUAGCGAGCACCUAGUAUUACCAAUUUAUAUGUUUCUCGAAGUAUUUUCGUUUCGCUUUUUGCAUUUUUCAGUCGUAUACCUCAAGCAUGGCAUAAUUCAAUUGUGCCAUGGACUCCCAACAUUCAGUCAUCUCAGGAGUUGAAGUAAUAUUUGGACAACGUCUCGAAGUGUAGAUACAAAGAGCCUCUGUGCUCCAUAAGCAGUCUUUCUGCUUUUCAUCCCACCCAUCCUCAACGCCUCGCUAGAAACUUCAAAAGAGUCA